UCCUCCCCUGGGUUGGCCCCUGUCCAUUGCAUAAGGGAGAGUCUGAGAGAGAGAGAGAGUCUCUUGAAUAUCCACAAACAAACACAUACACAUAUACACAAUUGUUCAAUAUAAAUGUUGUAUAUUGAGCAUCAACGAAUGAGGUAUAAAUACAAAGAGAAUAAGAAAAUAUAUACAACAAUAAUGCACUAAUACAAAGUCACCUGUUCUCCUUGGAAGUUGCUUCGUGGCCUUCUCCGAGUUUUGUCUCGGUCGUCUACGUAUAUUUCAAUCAGGGGGUUGAGAAAAUAGAGGGAGGAAGGGGUUAUGGUCAAUAAACGCGACCACGUCACACACUAAAAGCCUAGCCUAUCGGCUCGACCCCACAAUCUUUCUUCCUCCCUCCCUCCCCCCCAAACCCCCUUAUUUCUUCUUCAUCAUCACCCCCCUCAUCAACAACUAGUCUCUUUCUUUCUCUCUCUAAUGCUGUCUUUCUCUCUCCCCCCCUUUUAUUUGCCCCCAUAUAUACACCAAAGAGUCGUCUUACAUGCACGCGCACCCGAUAUCGUUAUUUCCACCGACCCAAUAAAUUUUUUGCUCGUCCAGCAUCAUCAUCAAAGACAAGUACACACUCUCUAUUUAUCAUUAAUAAUCAUUAAACAACAACCGGUGUUUUGUUUAAUUUUUUUUUAUACAAUUUAUUAUUUUUAUUAUAUUUACCUUGAUUUAUUUAUUAUAAACAAAGUGCACGUGAAAAUGGAAAUAUAUUACUCCAGCUUGAUGACUUAAAAAUGUUGAUCGAUAUUAUGGGCUUGUGAUGAUAUAGAGUGACCGUUGGUCAACAUUAAAACUGGUUCAUCAAAUGCCAAAUGUAAUAAUGGAAAAUUGGAGUUAAACAACAAGAACUUUGAUCCAACAAGUUCAUUAAAAAAUCAACAAAAAUUUUUUAAUAAAGAGAUAAAAUCAAAAGAAAAAAAAAAAACAAACUACUAUGUUUGUUUUAAAUUAAAUAAAAAUAUUAAUUAUCAACCAGUUAAUCAAAUAUCCAGUAAAGAAGAAGAAGAAGAAGAAGAAAAAUAAAUAGAUAAUAUUAAAUUAAAUGCAAGAUUACCAGAAGGACAUAUUGAUGUCAGAAACAGCUGAAGAAAGAGCAAUAAGAUUAUAUACUGCUGCUGAAAGAAUGAAAAAUGUACGUGCAAAAGAAACUGAAGAACAAGCUGCAAUGAGAAGAAUGCAAGAGGCACAAAGAAUGGCAAGACAUAGAGCUAAAAAAAAGCGUUGUCUUGAUGAAAAUUUAGCACGUGAAAUAUCAAAAAUUGCUGAAUUAACUAAAAUGCCUGAUCCAACAACAAUAGCACAAAUGUCAGAAAUGAAUAUGAAUAAAAUAUCAGCUGAAUUAAAACAAAUGAUGGAACGUGGUAAAGUACCAGAACAUAUUGUACAAAUGGCACAACUUGCUGAAUUUAGUAAAAUGACUGAACUUAAUAAAAUGUCACAAGACAUGGCUAAAAGAUAUGAAAUGGCUGAGUAUGCUAAAAAUACUGAAUACAUGAAAAUGCAAGAAAUUCAUAAAAUGACUGAAUUUGCUAAAAUGAAUGAAAUGGUUAAAUUAUCAGAAAUGGCAAAAUAUAAUGAUUUAAAUAAAAUGAAUGAAAUGAUGAAAAUGUCACAAAUGGUUAAAAUGAAUGAAGUACAAAGACUCAAUGAAAUUGCUAAAUUAAAUGAAAUGGUUAAAAUGACAGAAAUGGCAAAAUAUAGUUCUGAUUUAUCAAAAUUUAGUGAAAUUGCACAAAUUAAUGAAAUGGCUAAAGAAAUUGCUAAAAUGAAUGAAAAAACAAAAAUUAAUGAAAUGAUUAAAAUGGCUAAUAUGCAAAAUGAUAUAACUAAAAUGCCUGAAUAUUCAAAAAUGGCUGAAAUGGCUAAAUUAACUGAGCUUGCUAAAUUAAAUGAAAUAACAAUUACUAAAUUGAAUGAUCCACCUUCAUCACAACAGCAGCAACAACAACAUCAUCAAUCACAUCAUCAACAAUCACACCAGCAACAUCAACAACAACAACAACAACAUCAUCAUCAUCAGCAACAACAACAACAGCAUCACCAUCAACAACAACAACAACAACAACGUGAACGUCACGAACUUGAACGUGAACAACAACGACAACAUCAUCAUCAUCAACAGCAACAACAACAGCAGCAGCAGCAGCAACAACAACACCAACAACAUCAACAGCAGCAACAACAACAACAGCAACAAAAAAUGCAAGAAAUAUCAAGAAUUCCUGAGCCAGUUAUCACUGUGCCAAAUCCAAGAAAUUUACAAAAUGUUCAAACAGUUCAGGCAGCUCAAGCAAGUCCCUCAAAUACUAUAAACUUUCCUUCAGUACCAGGUCAAGGUAAAUACGCUCAAUUGCUUGUUAUUAUUGAAGAACUUGGACGAGAUAUUCGUUUGUCUUAUGCUGGUAGUCGAUCAGCUGCUGAACGACUUAAAAUGGGUAUUCAACAUGCAAGAAUUCUUGUGAGGGAGUGUCUUCUUGAAACUGAACACAAUGCACGACAAUGAUCUGUCAGUCUUUAGCCACAAUAGUCUAUUAUUAUUAUUAUUUUUCAUAUUUUACAAAAAAAAAAAUACAAAAUAUGAUAAUGAAAAUAAAAUUAAAACAAAAAAAAAAAAAAAAGAGUCUCAUUCCUGAGUGGAUUUUUCAAAUCAAUCUCGAGAAAAUUUAUAUUUAAGUAUCCUCGAUUUUGUGGAGGAUGUUAAUCAAAUAUUUUUUAUUAUUUUUGGAGUAUUGUUAUGUUUAAAAAAAAAAAUUUUUUUUUUGGCAUUUAUUUAUAAUAAGAAACACAAGUUUCAUGUACUACUGUAUAAUGUACUAGAUGAAUGAUUCUGAAGUUAAAAAAAAAAAAGUGUCUUGG